GAACGCCCCCCCCCCGCGCCACCGACACCGUGGAAGUGGAGUGUGAGGAGGGAGGAGGAGGGCCCCGCGCACACAGGCGGCUCGGCGGAGCACAGGCUGGGCCGCCCGGGUGCCCAGGAGCUGGACGAGGGCUCGGCCCGGCGGCCGCCGGCGCAGGAUGAGGCCCCCCCCUUCCCAGCAUGCCCUGGGGCAGGCGGGCGGCCCCGGGGCCCCCCCCCCCGCCCCCCACCCUGCCCCCACCCGCCGCUGCACCCCCAGCUCCCUCCGGCCAGAAUGACGGGCAGCAACCCGGUGUCCCCCGCCUCCUCGGGCUCCCCCGGCAGCGUCUCGCCCCCCGCCUCCUCGCCCGCCGGCCCCCCCCCGCCCCGAUGGCCCCCCCCGGCCCCCCGGAACCCCCCAGCCUCUGGGACAAGACCCACGCCGAGAUCGCCGAGCAGGCCAAGCAUGAGGCCGAGGUGGAGCACCGGGUGGCGGAGAUGAAGCGUGAAGGAUUCUGGUCCUUGCGGCGUCUGCCCAAGGUCCCGGAGCCGGCCCGCCCCAAGGUCCACUGGGAUUAUCUCUGCGAGGAGAUGCAGUGGUUGGCUGCCGACUUUGCCCAGGAACGGCGCUGGAAGAGGGGUGUCGCCCGCAAGGUGGUGCGGAUGGUGAUGCGGCACCACGAGGAGCAGCGGCAGAAGGAGGAGCGGGCCAAGCGGGAGGAGCAGGCCAAGCUACGCCGGGUGGCCGCUGCCAUUGCCAAGGAGGUCAAGCAGUUCUGGAGCAACGUGGAGAAGGUGGUGCAGUUCAAGCAGCAGUCACGGCUGGAAGAGAAGCGGAAGAAGGCCCUGGACCUGCAGCUGGACUUCAUCGUGGGCCAGACCGAGAAGUACUCGGACCUGCUGAGCCGAAGCCUCAACGCCCCCCGGGCCACCCCCGGGGCGCCCCGUCGGGGUCCCCCCGCCCCCCACUCCCACCUCGCCCACCAAGAAGAUGGGGACAUGGAGCCGCAGGACGAGGACGUCGCCGAGGGUCCCCCCCCCGAGGCGCGGCGCCGGGAGCUGGAGCUGCUCAAGCGGGAGGGGGAGCUGCCCUUGGAGGAGCUGCUGGGGUCCCUGCCCCCCCAGGCGCUGCUGCGGAGGAACAAGCGGCCUUGGGAACCCCGCGAGGAGGACGAGGAGUUUGCGGCCGAGGAGGAGGAAGGCGAGGACGAGGAGGAGACGAUCGCAGCGCAGGAGCGGCUGGAAGGUGACAUUGACCACAAGCAGGAGCUGGACGACCUGGCCCGCGAGGGGGCGCUGCCGAUGGAGGAGCUGCUGCAGCAGUACGCCGGCGCCUUCGCCGACUCCGACUGUGACUCUCCCCCCGGCGCCAGCAGCACCCGCUCGGAUUCACCAGCGGCCGAGAGCGAUGACGAGGAGGAGGAAGAGGAGGAAGAGGAGGACGAGGAGGAGGAAGAAGAGGAGGAGGAAGAGGAAGAAGAAGAAGAGGAGGAGGAGGAGGAGGAGGAAGAAGAGGAGCAGGAGACCGAGGCGGGUGCUCCCGCCCCCGAAGACCCCUGCCCGCCACCAGGCACCCAAGAGCACCCAGGAGGGCCCCCACCAGCCGCUCCCCCACCCCCCACCACCGCCCCCACCCCCAAGAAGGAGAUCACCGACAUCGCCGCCGCCGCCGAGAGCCUCCAGCCCAAGGGCUACACCUUGGCCACCACCCAGGUGAAGACGCCCAUUCCCCACCUGCUGCGGGGCACCCUACGGGAGUACCAGCACAUCGGACUGGACUGGUUGGUCACCAUGUACGAGAAGAAACUCAACGGGAUCUUGGCCGACGAGAUGGGGUUGGGCAAGACCAUCCAAACCAUCUCCCUCCUGGCCCACCUCGCCUGCGAGAAGGGCAGCUGGGGCCCCCACCUCAUCAUCGUGCCCACCAGCGUGAUGCUCAACUGGGAGAUGGAGCUGAAACGCUGGUGCCCCAGUUUCAAGAUCCUCACCUACUACGGGGCACAGAAGGAGCGUAGGCUGAAGCGGCAGGGCUGGACCAAACCCAACGCCUUCCACGUCUGCAUCACCUCCUACAAGCUGGUCCUGCAGGACCAUCAAGCUUUCCGCCGGAAGAACUGGAAGUAUCUGAUCUUGGAUGAGGCCCAGAACAUCAAGAACUUCAAGUCUCAGCGUUGGCAGUCCCUCCUCAAUUUCAAUAGCCAACGGCGGUUGUUGCUGACGGGGACGCCGCUGCAGAACAGCCUGAUGGAACUGUGGUCCCUGAUGCACUUCCUGAUGCCCCGCGUCUUCCAGUCCCACCGGGAAUUCAAGGAGUGGUUCUCCAACCCCCUGACCGGCAUGAUCGAGGGUAGCCAGGAGUACAACGAGAGCCUCGUCAAGCGUCUCCAUAAGGUGCUCCGCCCCUUCCUGCUCCGCCGGUUGAAGGUGGACGUGGAGAAGCAGAUGCCCAAGAAGUACGAGCACGUCCUCAAGUGCCGCCUCUCCAAGCGCCAGCGCUACCUCUACGAUGACUUCAUGGGCCAGGCCAGCACCAAGGCCACCCUGGCCAGCGGACAUUUCAUGAGCGUCAUCAACGUGCUGAUGCAGCUCCGCAAGGUUUGCAACCAUCCCGAUCUCUUCGAGCCCCGGCCUGUCCACUCGCCCUUCAUCACUGAAGGCAUUUGCUUCGUCACCGCCUCCCUCGUCCUCCGUGCCCUCGACCCCGACCCCUUCAAGCACGUGGACAUGGGGCUGUUCGACCUGGUGGCCCUGGAGGGCCGGGUGUCCCGCUACGCCGCCGACACCUUCCUGCCCCGCUGGCGGGUGACGCGUCGCCUGGUGGAGGACGUCGCCGCCGCCCCUGACCCCCCGCCGCGCCCCAAGCCCGUCCGCAUGAAAGUCAACCGGAUGCUGCAGCCGGUGCCGAAGGCGGAGAGCCGGGCGGUGCUUCUGCUCAACAGCCCCCGCCCCGGAGGGGGGACCCCCGCCCCCCUGGGGGUGCUGCCCCUCGGCCCCGCCCCUCCGCCUGCUGGACACGCCCCCUCACCCACUGGGCACGCCCCCCAGCCCGCCGGACACGCCCCUCUGCUGGUGGGCCCCGCCCCUCCCGGGGUGACGUUGGCUCCUGCCCUGCUGGCUCCUGCCCCCCCUGUCCCCGCCCCCUCCGCGGUAGGCUCCGCCCCUGCUGGUGGGGCUCCGCCUGCUGCCGCUGCUGCCCCCCUGCUGCCCCCCGGGGGGGCGGGGCUAGGGCUGGGGCUGGGAUUGGCCCUGGCGGCCCCACCCCGGCCCCCCCCCCCCCCUGCUGCCUGCGCUGGCUCCGCCCCCCGCCGGCCCCGCCCACGCCCUGCCGCCCACUCCUUUGGCCGCUCCCCCCGCAGCCGGCACCCCUCGCCCCCCCCCAGCCGCCCCCCAACCCCACUUUGGGGGGCAAGGGGGGGCCCCCCCUGGCUGCAUACGCCCUCCCCGGUCCCGGCCCGCAGCGCCUUUUGCUGGCCCCCCGACAUGCAGGCCCGCCUGCCUUCCGGCGAGGUGGUGAGCAUCGGGCAGCUGGCGGCGUUGGCCCAGCGGCCGGGGGGGACCCCAGGGGGGGCGACCCCAGGGGGGGCCAAGCCCCUCACCCUGCAGUUGCAGGGCAGCAAACUCACCCUGGCUGCCCCCCCCGCUGCGGCACCUGGCCCUCGCCCCCCCCCCGCGGCCUCCCACGGAACGUGGUGCAUCUGGUGGCGGCUGGGGGGCAGCACCCGCUCCUGGGCCCCCCCGCCCAGGUCACCCUGCUGGCACCCGUCGCCCCCCCCCGGCCCCCGCAGGGGGUCCCCCUGCCGGGACCCCCCCCCAGCCCCCCACCAUUGGCCUCCCCAUCGCCACCCGCUCAAGGGGGUGCUGGAGAUGAAGUGGGGGGAGGGGACUCAGGAAUCCCUGGAGGCGAAGCGGGGCCGGGCCGGGGCGGAACGGCUGGAGCGGCUGCUGCGGCUGAACGAGCUGCGCUGCGGGCUGGCCCCCGUCUACGGCAGCGAGGUGCUGGGGCUCUGCACCCUGCCCCCCCCCCACCCCACCCCCGGGGGGGGGCCCUCCCGCGCCGUCCUCGCCCCCCCCCAGCGCCUACGGCAGCUCCAGCCCCUACUGGACAGGUUCAUCUUCGUGCUGCCGCCGGUGGAGGCGCGGGGGGUGGCCCUGCACAGCUGCCGCCCCCCCCCUUGGCGCCUGCGCCAACGGGCGCAGCUGGAGCAGCGGGCUGCGGGAGGAGCUGGCGCCCCGCGGGCGAGCCCUGCACCGGGGUGCUGCGCAGCAUGCGCACCCACUUCCCCCGACCUGCGCCUCAUCCAGUACGACUGCGGGAAGCUGCAGACGCUGGACGUGCUGCUGCGGCGCCUGAAGGCGGGGGCCCACCGCGUCCUCAUCUUCACCCAGAUGACCCGGAUGCUCGAUGUCCUCGAGCGUUUCCUCACCUACCACGGCCACAUCUACCUGCGCCUGGACGGCAGCACCCGCGUCGAGCAGCGCCAGGCCCUGAUGGAGCGUUUCAACGCCGACAAGCGCAUCUUCUGCUUCAUCCUCUCGACCCGCAGCGGCGGUGUCGGCGUCAACCUGGCGGGUGCCGACACCGUCAUCUUCUACGACAGCGACUGGAACCCCACCAUGGACGCCCAAGCCCAGGACCGGUGUCACCGCAUCGGCCAGACCCGCGACGUCCACAUCUACCGGCUCAUCAGCGAGAGGACGGUGGAGGAGAACAUCCUCAAGAAGGCCAACCAGAAGAGGAUGUUGGGAGAUAUGGCCAUCGAGGGGGGGAACUUCACUACUGCCUACUUCAAACAGCAAACGAUCCGGGAGCUGUUCGACAUGGCGCCGGAGGAGCCGGGACGCCGGGAGCCUGACAGGGACAAGGAGAAGGAGAAGGACAAGGAGAAGGACAAAGACAGAGACGGGGAUGUCCCCCCCGAUGAGGAUGAGGACCCGGCGGCCACCCGGCGCACCCACAUCCUCGAGCAGGCGCUGUGUGGAGCGGAGGACCCCGAGGACAUCCGAGCGGCCUCGCAGGCGCAGGCGGAGCGGGUGGCAGCGCUGGCCGAGUUCAGCGAGAGCCUCAGCCCUGAGGAGGAGCGCGGCGGCCCCGAGCCCGAGGAAGAACUCUCCAAGGCCGAGCAGGAGAUUGCUGCCUUGGUCGAGCAGCUGACGCCCAUCGAGCGCUACGCCAUGAACUUCCUGGAGGCGUCGCUGGAGGACGUCAGCCGGGAGGAGCUGAAGCAGGCGGAGGAACAGGUGGAGGCGGCACGGAAGGACAUCGACCAGGCCAAGGGCGGGGGGCGCUUCCGCCUGCCCCCCCAGGAGGAGGAGGAGGAGGAGGCGGCCACCACCCCGGGGGGGGGACGAAGGUCCCGGGGGACCCCGGCGACCCCGGCGGGUGCGGGGUCCCCCCCGGCCCCUUCCCGAGCGCACCGGCACCCGCGCCAGUCAGCGCCUGCGGGCCGCUGGGACGGCCAACCGGGCCCCCCCGACGUCGCCGCGGGCCACCCCGACGUCGCCGCGGGCCACCCCCGACGUCCCCGCGGACGCCGCCGACGUCCCCCCGGGGGGCAGGGACGUCCCCCCGACCCUCCCCGGCCCCCACGGCCGCGCCGGUGACGUCGCAAGCCAACGCGGUGGCAUCCCAAGCAGCCCCGGUGACGUCGCAAGCUAACA